CGUCACCGCCAACCGGUAGGUGGCAGUAUGCCUCUUUUUACUAAACGUAGAAAAAGACGCCACUUCCUGGAGAUGCUUAUGUAUUUGUUUUGGGUUGCAAAACAACUUCAAAUAGCGUGUUUUAAAAAUUCCCAAAUGGCGCCACUGAAGUUUUUGCGAACGGUGGGCUCAUUCCGGACAACGCCGCACACAAGCCAGCUCGUGACCCGUCGACCGGUCGCUUUCAAAGUUGUUACAUGUCCAGCACACUGUAUGGUUGUGGUUUUGGCAAAGGACACAUGGAGCAGCAAGAUGGCCCUCAGAACCAUUGGGAUGGGACGAUGGUUGAGUUGCUAUUUCAGUAACGUCACAUCAGUCCGAAGUUACAGCACAGACAAUGUCCUAAUGAACUGCUGGAAAUGUAAAGAACCUUUUGACAAAAGCCCUACAUUCUUCUGCUCGUCUUGUAAAGUACUACAGCCUCCUGAUGAAGGUGUAUCCUUCUUCAACAUCAUGGAUUGUGAAGAUACAUUUGCGCUGGACAUGCACAAACUUCAGAAAAGAUACUUGCAGCUCCAACGCUCCCUCCAUCCAGACAACUUCAGCCAGAAAUCUGCGGAAGAACGUGAGUAUUCAGAGCAUCAGUCAGCGCUUGUCAACAAAGCCUACAGGACUCUGCUGAAGCCUUUGAGUCGCGGCCUUUAUAUGCUGGAGCUGAAGGGGAUGCGCUUUGAUGAAGGUACAGAGUCCGGGGUGGAUGCUGAAUUUCUGAUGGAGCUGAUGGAGAUCAAUGAAGCCCUCGAACAGGCACAGACUCCAGAAGAAGCAGAUAAGAUCAGCCAAGACACAAAAGGGAAACUGAAAGGCUUGACAGAGAAGAUAGACGGCGCCCUGCGUGCAGGCAGGAGAGCUUCAAGCUGCCAAGGCACUGCUUGCCCAAAUGAAAUACUUCUCAAACAUUGAAGAGAAAGUCAAGGAAAAACUUUCUGGAUUCAUGUAAUUUUGCUCCCCCCUGACACACUCUUAUUAUUGUGAUACAAAAGUUUUGUACUGGGGCAUCAUGAUGACUUUGCAUUGCUGUACAUGCAGUGUUCAUAAAUAUGGAUGAACCUUAAACAGAAUUGCUUUUUAAAUUAGCAUCACUUAAUUUAUUUGUUUAGUUUUUAGUGUUGAUGUUCUUUAAUCAUUCCCUGGUCGUCCACAACUUUGUCAGAGUUAGAAAAACACAAGAAGCUCCUCUUGGUUUUAUUCCGGUUUAUUCCAAAAUAAAAAUUUGAAUUGAAUUGAACAGAUAGAUAUUGGAAAGCCACAACAUAUUGUAUUCUCUCCAAUAUUCAUAAGAUAUAUGAAAUGUUGCACCUUUUCGAUUAUCCACACACACACCCACACACAUUUGAAGUGCAACGACAUUUUAAUCACUAAAUAAUGUAAAUAAAAAAUAAAAAAAAAUCAGAAUAAACGUAAAUCACUUUUUAUCCGAACACUAUCCAUCCAUCCAUCCAUUUUCUGAGCCGCUUCUGGAGCGUGCUGGAGCCUAUCCCAGCUGUCAUCGGGCAGGAGGCGGGGUACACCCUGAACUGGUUGCCAGCCAAUCGCAGGGCACAAACAAACAAACAACCAUUUGCACUCACAGUCACACCUACGGGCAAUUUAGAGUCUCCCAUUAAUGCAUGUUUUUGGGAUGUGGGAGGAAACUGGAGUGCCUGGAGAAAACCCACGCAGGCACGGGGAGAACAUGCAAACUCCACACAGGCGGGGCCAGGGAUUGAACCCGGGUCCUCAGAACUGUGAGGCUGACGCACUAACCAGUCGGCCACCGUGCUGCCAUCCGAACACUAAUGAACUUAAAUUUUAUUUACAUACAUAUACAUUCCAAAUUCACUUGCACCUAAUCUCUCAUCAAGUAUGAAAGGCAUUUGUAAUUGCAUCUUACUGUACUGCUACUAGGAGUCUUCAUAUGGUUAUCAAUAGCCGGACAGUGUAUUCAGUUCUUCAGGUUUCCUUUAGGUGGAGACAUAACACCUGUGCAGCCACAGCUCUGGCAUCGUACAUGUUGUACAGACUUGAUGUGAGCCUAGUAGGAAGUCCGUUAUUGCGGCAGACAAGCUCUUCAAUAAUUCACGGCGGCCUCCUAUGUAGCGUUAACACUAUGAUAAUCGGGAAGAGUCGCCAAAUGACGAUUACCGGUUGAGCCAAAGAUCCGUGAUCUGUGUGAUUUGUACCUUAUAAAAUGUGCAUCAUAAUGAAACUGGAUAAGGUUUUGCAGCAGAAUGUCCAUAACCCAUAAUUACUUUGCAAAUUGGGUUCCAAAUUGCCUCAAACUGGCUGAUCGAAGGGGUGCCCCCUAAUCUGAUAAAGGAACUCAAACUGUGAUAUCAGGUGCUGUUUGUGACACACUGACAUGAGCAACACAGCAUUUUACACGCAUUUGUUGUUUCAUUCAUGUUUGCACGCAGUCCAGUGCGCAUCCUGACUGGAUGAUUUAGUCUGCAACAACAAUGUCAUGUGUUGAGCUUCUUCCACUAGCGAGACCCCUCAACAUACACGUGGAUUUAAUAGGGAAGCUCGUCCACCAGGAGCCAUUACUAUUUAUGUGAUAAUCAGAAGUCAUGCACGGCGUCUUUAAAUUAAUGAGAAAAUGUGAUUGACCAACACUAAGGCCGCUGCCAUCUCCCGGAAUUCUUUUGAAAUUGAGUUUGAAAGACACAUAAGUGGAGAAAUCACCCCAUAGACAGCAUGAGAAAUUGACUUGGAUGAGGAGCUUGGCAAAAAUGACUGGAUAUAUGUGAUUACCAUACAACUUCAAGGCUCAGUAUCACCAUUUACUUUUUUUGGUCUGUUUAUUUAGAUUCAAAGGUCUGGGUGCGCUAGAAUAUUAUUUUUCUAAAUAUAAUUGAAUGUGUAUUAUUAAGAAAAGUAAAUAUUGUUACUGUCAGUGGAAAUCUGAUUGACUGGUGAGAAGUCUGAGGUACAGUCUGCUUUUUGAAAUGUAUAGAAAAUGGAUAGAUGGGGAAAAAAAUAUUGUUGUCCAAUGAAAAUUGUGUAUCUCCAGAAUUUGUGAGUUUUUUUUUGUUUUGAUCUAAAGCAUGCCACACAGACAAAUGCCGUAUGUUCUUUGGAUAAAAACAGAAAACUCAAAAAAUGCACUGUACAGAAAGGAUCUUCAUAAUACACAAAUAAGUGACGGGGAUGCACCACCAAGCACACCUUUGGCCAAAUGAAUUUGUUUGAUUCUAGUCAGAUACUCCAGAUGGGUCGUGUCGCAAUGUAGUUUGUUUCACAAAUCCAUCUGGGAAGGAGAUUAAAAAAGUUUGGAAAAUAGAAGGCACUUUAAAACAAAAUGAAAACAAUUGGCAUGCAUUGGGUGUAAGAAUGGGAAUGUGACUAAAUGUCCUUGACUGCCUAUAUCGCUCCUCUGUUUAUAUGCUAGCUCCUUCCACCAGAAAUUCGAUCGAGGAGACGAGAAGGUUGACAGAGGAGCUAGGCGGGAGGAGGUAGCAAUGUUUGAGGGAAAUGAGACAAUUGUUCCUUGGUGUCAUCAUUUCAUGGCGACGUCCACUAAAGAUCAUGCCACAUCAUUGAUGUGUGUCUCAAAUGAACCAUCUGAAUGGCUGCAUUCCUACCUUCUAUCUUCUUCUGUCACCACACGUGUCCAGUUUUUCCACUUAAGUGGGAUUACAUUAAAGUCAAAUAGAAUCAAUACUGUUACUCUUAUCAACUUUGCAGAUGCAGAGAUGAUCGUGAUUGGUCUAUUUGGUCUGACAAAAAAUUGGUCAGGAUCAGGUGUGACCACUAUUUGGCUUACACGGUGCACCACAUAGAGUUGAUGAGGUUGUUGAUUCUGGCUUGUGGAAUGUUGUUCUACUCCUCUUCAAUCAAUAUCAUAUACUGAAAAAAAAUAGGCCUCGUGUACAGGGAAAAAGUCUUAAAUGUUUUAAGUUCAGCUCAUGAAAAAGGUGUGCACAAACAGGUGUUAUAUUGAUAUUUUUGUUCAGUGUAGUACAGUUUCCCCUAUCUUAGCUUUUGUUAAUCAUCUUUAGACAGCAAACUAGCAGGUCAAACUUUGCCGGGCCCUAAUUGUGCCAACAUGUCUUCCAUCAGUGCUUUUCCACGCACUUCUUGAGUUAACAAAUGUCAUCCUGCAGCUCUGAUGUAACUGCUGCUCCUACAACAUAAGUUUAAUAAUUUUUCAGAGUUGCAAAUAUUUACAAGCAUGCUGCCAUUUUGUAUUUGGUGCAUCCAUUCCUCUAAUAGCUGUUGGGUAUUUGUCCUUAAAAGAUGCUGAUUGGUGUGAUUGUUUCUCUUUUUUUAGGGACUGGGCCACAAUUGUAUCAUCUUAAAUUGAAUCAUUUCUUCAUUGCCGAUUGAAAAUCUAGAGCCUUGGUCUAAAUAAAAAGAGCAAUAAGUUAAAAUGAAUACUGAAUCAGGACAUGCAUAGUGGAGUGGGGAAAUUAACUUAUUUGUGUUAAAUGGAGCAAAGCAUUUGAUAAUUGCGGCACAACAAUGUUCACAUUCUUUGAAGUGCUUAGAUUGCCCUUGAGUAGUUUUCCUAAUGGUGCGUGCCAUAGCAGUAGUGUGAACAAUAUGGACUUAAUGUGUUCCUUUGUCAAACAGGCUGACCGUAACGUUCACAUAAUAACAUUAAGCCUGGCAGUGAACCACUCGUAGACUGCAGCAAUUCUUCUGACAGCAACUGAUCAAUUAUUCCUCUUUUUCUGGAGCCCUUAGAAUUCUAUCAGGACCUUCGUCAAUGGAUACACUGCACCCAUUGACACAUUAUUAAAGUCAUUACGCGUUUGUGCUGUGAUGUCCCACCAUCCGCCAUUAUCGGUUUUACCUUCACAUUCCGAAUCUGUGUUUUUAUGUUCCUCUCAUCCCUAAGGAGCCGGGUCUUUGCCCCUCCGCAGAGCCGUAGCCUCAGCUGGAAGCUGGAGCUCCACAGCGAUGAAUGUUUUUACUCCGUUUGGUCUUUUGAUACAGUUUGAUAUUGGAUGUGCUUCAUGCGCUGUCAAAUACCAAAAACUUAAAGGCUUUGCAAAAGGGUCUCCUCACACAGAGCAUCCACUUUAUGAGUGAUAAGGCUGAGUGCACUAGUUCCUAACAGAGAAAGAACACUUUGGGGUAUUUCUCAUGACCAGUUGGGUCAUUCUGUUUUUUGUUGUUGUUUUUUAAAAAAAUUUAUUCUUUUAUGUGAGCCAGUGGCGACUCUGCUCUAAGGACAGUUUGAAGGACCGUGCCGCCCAGUUUGAAUGUGUUGAUGGAAAUAAAUCAAUCAAUCAAUCAAUCAUAAUAAUAUUUACAUUGUCCCCUGUUUCAAGGUUUGUCUUGUCUCGUUAUUCUCAGAAAUAAAAAAAAUACUACAGUCUAAAUUCUAACAAAGAUUAAACAUCUCAAAUCAAGGCAAAAUAUGCUUCUUCUUCUCAGUUGUUUUAAGAAAUAUUUCCAAGGGAAACUUUACUGGUCUAUUGCAGAUAAUAUUGGUUAAAUUGAGUAAUAUAUUGCUUGUUUCAUUACUUUUUUACUGAACAGGCCAUUUUUCUAAUUGACUACGGGGGGUUAAUGAGUGAUCUUUUUUAAAAUUCUGCCUGGGAACAGGUAGCAAAUUGAAUGUGACAUGAUCAGGAAAAGAAUCUGGUCUUUUUCCGUGUACAGUAUAUUGCAAGAGUUUUCAUAUAAAGUUCUAGCGAGGCUGAAUCGAGGCAUCUUAGGAGGGAAUGACAUUUAGCUUGUCUGACUUGAUUUUAAUGCAAACACACAUUUGAUAUAAAAUUAUAAUCUUUAUGAAUCCCAAAUAUGGAGUCUUUUGGCCGCAAGUAUGUGGUCAAGUCUCCACCAGAGUGGCUAACGUGUCCAAGUGGCAGACUUCAAGGCCUCGUGUGCAAAGCAAGGCGAGCAAGUGAGUGGCUGUGUGGGUUACUAAUCCACUCUCUGCCAGCCAGCGCUGAAAAGCAUCCAUUAUCAUAUUUAUUACUCUGAGCACACGCACUUUGAUGAAGCCUAGGGUUCUUUUAUUUGAAUUUUUUGUGCUUUGUUGAGUAUUUAGGUCAUAUUUAGCACGGGGAAAAUACCCCUUUGAAACAUGCAGUGCUUUUUGUUGAAUAUAAUAUUUGCAUGCUCAUUUAAUAAGUUGGCUUUUUCACACCAUUUAAAGUGUUGGAAGUAGUGUUGCAGGGAUCUCGUUUGACGUGUGUUCCGUGUCUGAGACCAGGGACGCAUAAAACAUGGUGAAUCUGCGUCCGCAGACGAAUAUCAUUGCUUACCCACGUAUGUCUGUGUUGCUGAAGUACUUCAGCGAAUCAUUAUGCACUAAAAGUAUGAGUCUUUUCUUGGUGCGAGCCAAUCAGAGGCAAUGGAGGCCGGGUCAUCCUUCCAUAAAUACAAUGGAUGUGAUACUUUCUUCCAGACUCGAUAAUUUUGUCAUUGUUGUGGUAACACCCUGGGGGAACGGCUUUGGCUCCGUAGGUACACAUACUUGGGACACUUUAGGGAACGUUAACUAUUAAGUUCGCUAGUCCUUGAGCUACUUAGCUAGUGAGCUGCGGCGCUAAACGGCUCGCUCUGGCUUGGUCAAUCAUGGCGACAUACAGAGGACAAUAAUUGGCGGACCGCGUAUGGACCCAUAAGCAGUCCCAUAUGUACCCACACCAUAGCCAAAAUAGAAAAGUUAUGAUUCAAGACAUACGGGACGCCAGACAGACUUUACGGUAGUGUUAAACCGUACAGACCAUGCGAGUUCAGCAACCCCCUUCAGCCAAUCAAAUCUGCAUCUCAGACCGUAAUCACUGAUUGCGUCCAGCCCAGACAGAGACGAGGAGAAACGUAGCAGGGGAGCGAGAAAGAGACUCAGCGUGGAAGUUGAGUUAAAGAAAAGGUUAAAAUGGAACGGUCUGUCAUUUUUGUUUAAACUUCUCAAUGGGAAGUUCUCACUCGGAGCACUUAUUAAAAGUGCAUGUGUGUGAAACGCCAUUAUGAAACAAACAAAACCUCUAACAUUUUUCAGUUGUUUGUUAAAUUAAAAUAUGUAAAAUUGUUUGAGACUUCAUUGUUGUGUCAAGAUGCCAAAGAGAAAAGGGGAGAUUCAAACUUUAUUUUUCUUAAGUUGAGCACUUUAUUUGAACAUGGAUAACUUUCUCUUUUUUAUUUACUUGCUCUUAUUGUGAAAUGUAGCCCUACUUAAAUUUAGUAAAUGAGAGAACAUUACAGUUGUGCUCUUAUAUUUUAUUAACAGGGCUCUAAUAUCAUUAUAUCAGUAGCAUUGAAAAAAACCUUCGAUACUUUUGUUUAUCGUCAAAGUUUUUGAGAGAGUGCAACAGCAAUGCAUAACAAAAAUAUUGUGCAAACAGUAUAAAAGAUAGAGUUACAAAUGUAAUAAAAAUCUGCUAUAUAGCAGGACCACGACGCAAGAACCGUGACGUAGGGGAGGAUUACUGUAUCUGUAUUGCAUGAUGAUAAAUUGCAGAGACUCAUUGUUUCUAUGACAUGUGUAUCCCGGAACUCACAUAGUCUCAAGUGUAAAAUGAUCUGUGUUGCACCAAGUUCCAAAACCAGUACCGUACCGAGGUCCAUCCAUCCAUCCAUCUUCUAUCGCUUAUCUGAGCUCAGAGCGCGGGGGCAGUAGCUUUAGCACUGACACCCAAAUUUCCCUCUCCCCAGCCACUUCAUCCAGCUCUCAUCCUUGUACCGAGGUAUUUUGAUGUAUGAUUUUUAUUUUUAUUUUUAAGUAACGGUAGUUGAAUACUAAACAAAACAAAAGAACUAUGCGACAGCGCUCAGUUCAUACGGUGUCCUCAAGGCCAGUAUCCAGUGACUACCUGUAUUCUGACAAGUUGUGUGUGCGUGACUUUGUGGGAGCUGGGAGAAUGAAAUGGCUUCAAACUACAGACUAGCUUCUACAGACAAGUUAGCCCACGCUUACAGAAAAAUGCAUCCAAACCAAUAGGGAGAAGCUUCAUCAUGCAACAAGACAAUGACCCAAAACACACUGCCAACCCAACAAAGAAUUUGAACAAGGGGAAAAAGUCGAAGGUCUUAGACUGGCCAAGGCAAUCACCGGACCACCGGACCUUAACCUAAUAGAGCAUGCAUUUGACCUCCUGAAGAGGAGACUGAAUAAAGAAACCCCCAGAAACAAACAAAAACUGAAAGAGGCUGAAGUAAAGGCUUGGAAAAGCAUUUCAAUUGAAGAAUGCAACAGUCUGUUGAAGUCAAUGGGUCACAAUAACUGCUUGAUGCAGUUAUUGCAAGUAAGGGUUCUGCUACCAAAUAUUAAAUGUUAUUCAUCCAUCCAUCCAUUUUCUGUACCCUUUAAGUUAAUUUAAUAAUGUCUGUUCCAAUACAUAUGCUCACUUGAAACGUGGGUGGGUUCAAACAAAAGGUGCUCUGUCCUGAGUUGUUUCACACAUCUAGAUGUAAAUACCAUGAAAUAAAAGCUGGAAUUCUGAA